UCUUGCCAGCCAGACCGCGCUCGUGGACGCCACGCGGCGUCUGGUGCGUCGUCGCAGUUAUGGCACACUGGUGCCAGUACUGCGACCCCGACUACUAUGGUCUGGGAAUAUAUGAUAUGGAGAUAGCAGCUGAAGCAGAGGAAGGUAUAGCAGCGGUCGCCGCAGAAGAGGAAGCGGCACCUGCUGCAGGCGGCCACUUUCGUGAAGGAGCCGUAGGCCUCAUGGAAGAGGUGAUUCAAGAGGCUAACCUCAACCACGAGGAUGCUGUGAACCAGGAAGAUGAUGUAGACCACGAGGCCGGUGGCGGUAACCAGGGGCCUGUGCAGCAGCCCGGGCAGGAUCAACAGCCCGGGCAGCCUGCAAACGGGGCCGCUGCGAUUCCACAGCCGCGUCGCAGGCGUCCACGAACCCAAUACAAGUUCUCGCAGUCGCAGGUGCAGGAACUAGAAAAUGUUUUCCAAGAAACUCAGUACCCUGAUGUGAGCACCAGAAGGGAACUUGCAAGAUGCAUGAAUGUGAGUGAAGCCAGAGUGCAGGUUUGGUUUAAGAAUAAGAGAGCCAAAUUCAGGAAACAGCUGAGGGAGUCAUUGCUGAGAAAUGCACCUCCUCCUACCCAGGAUCACCUUGAACUCCAGGUGUUGGAGGGGCCCUAG